AUGAAGACCACUCCCUUGGUCCUGCUCCUCGCCCUGGUCCUCCUCACGUCACACGCACGCCCCGGCGCCUGCAGACCGCGGAGCGCCCCCGGCUUAUUCGAUGGCAGCGGCCGCUUCCAGAGUCAGCUGGACGAGGUGCUUCUCAGAGCCGUCGGCGACAACGCCGUCUCUUACCUCUUGGCCGACAAACUACUGAGGUAUCUGAAGGGAAACCCGAAUGCCCUGCGCCUUUACCCCCGCGACGGGGAGGUCACGGCGGCGCAGCUGGACGCCAGAGCCCUCGCGCACCUCGCGCACCUGGCGCGGAGCGAGGCGUCCGCGGAGAUGGAAGAGGAGGCAGAGCGGCGCGGGAAAAGCCCGGACGACUUUGUGGAGUUGUCCAAGAGGAACGACGACCCCCCGAUUUCCAUCGACCUCACCUUUCACCUGCUGAGAAACAUGAUUGAAAUGGCCAAGAUCGAGAGCCAGAAAGAGCAAGCGGAGCUGAACCGCAAGUUUUUGGAUGAAGUUGGGAAGUAAUGACCGCGA